UCCUCUCCGCCGCUCAAAGCUGCUGCUACUGCGUCUCCAGGCACUUCCUGCACCGAGCUACAGUUUUUCAGGCAAGGGACUAUCUGUCGUCGUGAGAGGGGAGACAAGAUGAGGAACAGAGAUCUUUGGGAGGGAACGUGAGGCUUGACUCAAAGGACAUGACCAUGACAUAAACUAAGGACCCUCCUGAAACUGUCUCCUUGUUUGUCUUUUGUUAUUUUUCUGUUAUUUUUUUGUUAUUUUUUUGUUGUUUUUUGUUGUUGUCUGGUCUCUACCUGUCUUACCUUGUUUACCAUCUUCUUGUGGAAAACAGAUAACUAAGUAAUGCAGGAUUUGUUCAAAUGAAACUUUAAUGUAUCACACUGUCUAGAGGUCUGGCCUUUUCGCUCCUCUUGUCUGCCUGCUCACUGAGAUUCAAGAUAGCAAUAGAGGUAUCAAAGGUCGUGAAAAAGCCAGCACUUAUCAUAGCUGUGUGGCAUUAAUUACAUUUCGGGCAGCAUUUACCAUGCUGCAUACUCUACAGAAUUCUUUACUUGUGCAUUAAUUUUAAUUGUUGUAGCCUCCUUGUCUAAACAAGGUGUGUUUGUCUUAUUCACACUUAUUUUGUAUUCAAUGCAACUAAGAUUCAGUUUUGUCCAUUUGUGUAAUUAUUUAAAGAUUUAUUGUUAAUGUUGAGUAGCUGCUCAGCUGCCUUAUAUUGUUAUCACAAUAGGUGGCUCUAAGUUGUCAUGUAAACAAUUUUUUUUACUUAUGCAAUCUUUGUGAAGAAUACUUUUGUUUAAAUGACUGAUCUUGUAGUGGAAUUUUUAUGUCCUGUUGUCUUUGAAUAUGAUGAAGUAUUGCUUACCCGCUUUUCCACUGGCAGUAAAUUAGAAGCUGACAGCGCUUUAGAUGAAACUGUGAUGGGAGCUUUCUAACUGUGACACAAAGACUCAUCUUCAGUAGUUCCUAUCAUCACUGGAUAAAACCUCUCAACAGAAGAACUUUUAAACUGGAAGAAGUUUUUUUUUUUUCAAGUGAAGACUUCUGAAAUGGACAGACGGGAACAAAAGCUCAGACAUGAUUUUUUUUUGUGACUUUAUUUCUUGAAUUCAAACACUGAAGAGUGAGAAUGAUUUUGAGGAGAUUUCUGGGUUAAAGUUCUCAGCCUGACUUUCACAUUCAUUGUGAAGUUCCCUGCAAAUCUCGCUCCAGUGGAAUUUGCUGCCAAAUUUCACUCCUCAAGCCUCUAACUGUAGAGGAUACUUGUCAAACUGACUUUUUCCUGAUAAACCACGUCCACUUCAGUAGUGAGGAUGCGAUCCCCAGAACCGUCUUCACCCUCCACAGCAGAAGCCCUCCUUCAUGGCCAGUUUGCGAGCUGGGGUUCCGGCAGCAACAGCAACAAUAACAGCUGCCCCAACAGCCCUGGUGGUCCGGGAGGGCUCUCCCCCGCUGCCUCCCCUACUCCGUCUCUGGCCUCCAACUAUGCCUUGACCCUCACCCACACCCACAUACAUAUCCAGCGUUUAUCACCCCGGCCUGGGAAGGAAGCCCGUCUGCUGCUGCCUUUGUCAGAGCUAGUAGGGUGCAGCUGCCCUCGUGCCCCAGCACCCCCUCUCCUGGUGCUGUACUGGUACCCACCAGGGAAACGACGGAAAGGGGUGUCCCGGCGCAGGCAGGUGAGGGCCUACCUGGCAGAAAGCAGGCCUGAAGCUGAGAGGUGGUCGGCUGCUGUGCAGUGUCUACUCAGAGAUGUGACCGUCACUGCUGACACAGAAUUUUCAAGAAGUCUGCUACCUCGUCCCAGGCGACUACUGUUAUUGGUCAAUCCCUUCAGUGGGAGAGGCCAGGCAAUGCAGUGGUGUCAGACCCACAUCCUGCCAAUGAUCAGAGAGGCCAACAUCAGCUAUAACCUUAUACAGACAGAGCGUCAGAACCAUGCCAGAGAGCUUAUCAGAGAGAUAUUGCUCCCAGAGUGGGAUGGCAUCAUCAUUGUGUCUGGAGAUGGCCUGCUGCAUGAGGUAAUUAAUGGGCUGAUGGAGCGUCCUGACUGGGAACAAGCAAUAAAAAUACCUGUUGGCAUUCUGCCCUGUGGCUCUGGGAAUGCACUAGCUGGCUCCAUCAACCACAAUGCAGGGUAUGACAUGUGCCUUCGGGAGCCCCUCCUUUUGAACUGCUGCUUUUUGCUCUGUCGAGGCGGUGUCCGACCCAUGGACGUGGUCUCUGUGACAACAAGCCCCCCUCCCUCCAGCAACAGUCGUACUGCAGCACCCAAGAGACUGUUUUCUUUCCUUUCUGUUGCCUGGGGCUUUGUGUCCGAUGUGGACAUUGAAAGUGAGAGGUAUCGUGGCCUGGGCUCAGCUCGCUUCACCCUGGGCACCCUGGUGCGCAUAGCUUCUCUUCGAUCCUACAAGGGUCGCCUGUCCUUCCUGCCUCCCUCUAUUUGCACUGCAUCACCAGAUGCCACACCACCUCCACCACGGAGACCCCUCUCCCGCAGUAUCACAGAAGGCCUGGAGGGCUUCUGCCGAACACCCAUCCAUCGCACCUGCUCUGACAUGGGCAUCAGCGAACAGAGGAGCCUGCGUAGGGGUGAGGGAGAGAGGGAAAAAGAGGAGAGGCAGAGAGAAAGGGAGAGGAGAAGAGAGAGGGCAAGGGGAGGAGGAACUGGCGUGGUGAGGGCAAGCAGCCUGGCGGAGGACAGAGAGAGGGAACGGGAGGGGGAGGUGGAGAUGGAAGCAGAAGAGGAGAGGUCAGGGACAUGCUCAGAGAGAUCGGGGACGAGCUCAGAAUCAAACGAAAGGGAUGAUUGCGGUAUGGGAAGGCUAGAAAGGUUGGCGGGGAUAAAGGAUGAAAGGGAAGAUGAAGGAAGAGGGGAACAUGACUCCAGUGAAAUGGACGAGGAGGAUAGGGGGAAGGAUGGGGAGGGUAGUGGUGGUUCUGUUGAGGGGGAGAGAGUGUUGCAUGCGAGAGAGCUGGGAGAGAGCUGUGGGGUCGACAUGGGGCGAGAGGCAGAUGAAGAGCCAGAGGGUAGUUUCACUUACCAAGAUAGCCUUCAGGAAGCCAGACAGGCACUAAGAAAGAAUUCAGCCCCUUCAAGCCAGAUCGCCAAUGCUCUCUUCAACCAGCCUCUCAGUCAGGAGGCUGAUGCAGACUCUGGCACCUCAUACGGGGUAGAGGACAUGGAUCUGAAUGGAACCUACUACCAGAAAGAACCUUACCAACUUGACGUUGCUCGUGAGCGAGCUCUCACCAUCUCCUCUCCCUUUCGUCACUCUCCCUUCUCUUACAAGCCCAAGACCCUGGACCAAAACCAGAAUGCCUCCCGGCCGAGGCCCCUCUCCCUCCUCCAACACUCCCACUCAAACUCCCUCCCUCCAAAACUCCCCUCCCUCUCGCUGUCUCUUUCUCCCACACCUCCAUCUUCCCCUUCCUGUGCCUCCCCACACUCCUUAUCCUACCUUGUCCCCCGUCCGAACACCCCGAAUUCCACCUCGCCCUCGCCGUCUCUACGCACACCGUCCUCAUCUUUUAACUUUGACAUUGCCGAGCCAGCAGGACCCCAAAAGAACCGUCCUUUCUCACUGCCUUUAAAUCUCCCUAGAGAUGACUUGCUACCCCCCCUCGACCAACCCCUUCCCACCAGAGACUGGGUCACCAUUGAAGGGGACUUUGUCCUGGUCCUGGCCCUUUAUCAGACCCACCUUGGGGCUGAUCUUCAUGCUGCACCCCAGGCCAGGUUUGACGAUGGGCUCAUCCACCUGACGUUUGUGCGGGCGGGGAUCUCCAGAGCCACUUUGCUGAGAUUGUUCUUUGCCAUGGAAAGAGGAACCCACCACUCCGUCAGCUCGCCGUAUGUGAGCCAUGUAACCUGCAGGGCCUUCAGGCUGCAGCCUCUGUCUACACGGGGCACACUCACUGUGGACGGAGAACUGGUGCCCUAUGGGCCACUUCAAGCGCAGGUUCAUCCUUCCUUGGCUCGUCUCAUCGUUGGCGACUCUGGAGUGAAGAUUACCAGAUUCUAAUCAGGGAUUGGUUGAGCUGAUUGAUACAGCAUUCUACUGAGUUAUGUAAUCUCUGUUGCCAACUAUACUCUGAAAGAGAGGGGAGGGGGCGGAGUAUCUGAGAGACUUAAAAUAGCCUGGAUUGUAGAAACUGUUUUUCUAGGGUUUAAUGAAAGGGAUAACCCACCGAGCCACGCAUCAUUGGAGCAUGACUGCAGGGAUUAAUAGCGAAUUUGAAAAUGGAUGAAAAAUGCGCCUCAUUGCACAGCUGUUGGAUCACGCUCCGCGUACCAUUAGAAGCAUGAAAACUGCACAGCCUGGGAUAAUAAGAGGGAAGAACAAUCGAAUGUUUGUGGAUUUUUUUUUGUGCAGAUAGUGCAUGUGUUGGAUGUAUACAUAGUAGUAUGCAUGCAGAGAAGCACUACCUGAUUGUUGCCUUUCAGUGAGAUGGAAAGAAAUCAGAUCAAAUUCAGAGAAAGUUGUUUUUGAACAUGAAAUGCUAUAAAAACACACUGAGAUUCACUUGGGCCAACACACCACUAGAAAUUGGUCCCAGCUCUCUGGCUUCAGCCCCAACCCAAUGUCCAAAUGUUUGAGUACAAAACCUUCCGUCCCUGAAAGGAAUGCCUUAUCUGACACUGGACAGUGCAGUUAUACCUUUGCCCUUCUUACUUAUAUAAGAAACCCAAAUCUUUGUAAUCUCUAUUCAUCUAUCAGAGUGUCUGUCCCCUACAUAAAUACAACAUACUGGUAGACCCACCUACCUACUGUUAUCUUUAAGCAUGCUAAUGUCCAGUGUUUUAAAAAACAGCGGACACAGAUGUGGACUUCAAUGACCCUUUUGUUCAUGCAAAUGACUCAUGUAGAGCCGCAAGAUCAAGCUUUUCAGGGUCAUUACUUUAGAAGGAGCAGUGGAACUGUUGAACGGUGCCCAUUGCUGACAUUUUUACAUAAUCUGCCUGUUUUUCUUAGCCAGUGGAUGCACGAUGAUGAUGUCAAUGAUAUCAGAAUUUGCAGCAUAUUGAACAUAAAAAUGUUUGAACAAAGCAAACUUCUUUGUCAGUGGUUUUAGACUGUUCAUUUUCAAGAAAUACUUUAGAGUCACGCACAUUAGUCCUCAGCACUGUUUUAUGUCCAGAAUAUAUCACUAUCUCUGAGUAAUCAUCUUUGGAGGCAUAGAGGACAUUACAUGCCUCUGUUAUAUAGUAAGUAGUGCAUUGAUUUUGCACAAUAACUGGAGUGAAAGCAGCAUAGAAAAUCACAACACUAGAAUGCAUAUUAACUUUGGCAUAUGUCUAAUGUAGAGUCAGAUAGUGUUUUGUUCUAGAAAUGGAUGCACUGGUAUUAAUAGCUUAGUCCAGUUACUAUGAUAAAUGGAUCACAUUACAUUCCUAUCCUGAAAUGAUUUAAAUGUCUCAAUGUGAACACUCUUAGCAUUUUAAAGGUUGGACUGACUGAUUACAAAAUCGUUUAGACACUUUAUAAUCCUGCUGUAGAGAUGAACCAGGGCACAACACUUGAAUCCAGCAGCUCUGUGUUGUCACAUCAGACUUUUGAUCAAGAGCUAAAUCAGAUGGAGGGAAAACAACUUCCACUGAGAAAUCCAGCAGCAGAGCCAAUCACUGAUUGAUUGGGUUUUAAAUGUAAAAUAUUUUGAGUGCUUCAGUACUUCCAAAUGAUGAUGCGCUCCUUUGUGAAAUCAAACGGCAAACCUUGGAGCUCUAUUAAGAAUUGUGUUUUCUAAAUUCAGUGUUAUAAUAAAAUCUGCUGACAUAAUCGGGUCUGGGGAUAAAUCUUUACUAUGUGCAGUGUAUCAAUCAGUGAAAUCAUGUGCCGACUCCUUCAACAUAUUGUGUGUCUUUGUCAUGCCUGGACAAACUAAUGCCUUUGUAUAAUAAGCCUGUAAAUUCUGGCUGUUGAUCAUGAACUGUUCAAACCUGACUGCAGAAAAUGGAGUAAAAGUCUUUGAUCACCAGGCUGUUAUUCUUCCUCUUUUUUCUUUUCUUUCUUUUUUUACCUUUUACAAUGCAGCUAGUCUACCACGAUUACACUGUGCUUACAAAGCUACAGAAUGUGAAUGCAACAUUUUGAAAGCUUGUAACAUCACCAAACAGAAGAAUCUAUACACACUUUGAAUGGAGUUUUUGCCAAAGUGUUUCCUCUUGAUGUUUAAGAGACUAGUUAUGAGAAUUAAACUCUAAACACUCUGUUGUCUGUGGCCAUAACUCACACCAUGGUGUUAUAGACCAAUCUGAUAGGACAAUAUCAGGGUAUAAGUCCUCAAUUGUUAAUGUCAUUAAGAUGUCUGUAGUGGACUGCCUAUAUUGAAAUUGUAAUAAUUACUAAAAUGAUGAAAUGAAAUAUAUGUACAAAUACAAUGUACAGUUAAUAGACAUAUAUCCUUUGAAUAAAUGUAACU